UCGAUAAGGCGUCGAUGCUGCUCAAUCGCUUUCACCAAGCGACACAACACGGCUCGUUCGACGCGACGACGCAUUUUCCCCGCUGGCCCUCAACGCGGCCAUGAUGGCAACGAUUGCCCUUUCUCGACCUAUUGCUCCACAUCGUUCUUCGUCCACCAUCAGCUCCCUCGCGUCGGCCAUCACCCUCGAUAACAUCCCUCCAAGCCAGCCGUCGCAAUGCCCCGCUGCCGUUCCGAACAAGCACAUCCCCGUGUGUCCUCCUGGCCCUAUUCCCCAGGAGGAACCUACGACGCCGCCGCCCUCUCCCGGUAAAGAGGAGCAACAGCAGCAGCAGUCGCUGCUGUUCCCGCCCAACAAUUACACACGUAUCGAGUUGGGACGCCUAUCCGUCUACAAGAUCAGCCCCGCCCAAGUCGCCGCCGCCCUGGAUUACCGGGCUCGACAGCCCCUGGCAGAUCCUUCGCGGGUGUUUCCCUGGCUGCACGGCCUGCAUCCGGCGAAUCAGAUCCAGCAAGCCUUUUUUAUAGCCCGGAAACGCGCUCUGAGGAAGACGCCGUCGUGCCUCCGCGGCAUAGCCGUCGUCAAGGCCGAUGGAGACCUAAACGUCGCCCGCUUAAAGGGCGCCAUUGCGCCGCAUGAGUUCCUGCAACUUGGGGGAGCUGCCGCCGAGUUCCUCGAGGUCGACCCCAAGGAGGGCUUUUCGGUGCGCAACUUCCAGAUUCAGGCCGCGAAAUCGGCCAUGACGUCUGAUAUCAUCGUCUAUGGCGACGACGAUGCGACCGUGCGCAAGCUGGGUUGGGACAUUGCCGCUGCCCAGCAGCGAUGGCGCGACAAGCACGAGGCCCAACGCCAACAUCUUCCCAAAUACAACACCUUUAUCUGCGUCACUCCCUUUGCCGAGUUCGAGGAGAAGCACCCGGAGAUUGUGUCGGUCAACUCGGACGGCCAGAUCACGGGGAAUGUCCUCGAUUUCUUUCACCAAGAGAGGCGGGAGAUGUACGAGAUGACGCGCGCGUCUGAGAUCUCCCACAACGUGUGGCUAGGUCCGACGCCCGACCCUGGGUCUGAGGACGAGCAGGCCUUUGACGUCCUAAUUGAGUGCAGCGACCUAGGGCGGUUCAACCCUGGCGCACUGCGGGCCAUUUCCGAGGGUGCCGAUAUCGAGUCUGGCAAGCAUUUCUAUGUCGACUUCCCCUCCUCGGGAAGCAUCCUCGCUCCAACUUGGUCCCACGCCGAGGCUGACGGCAUCUUGGAGACGUGCAAGUGGAUCUGGCAUCUCGCGCACGGGACCCACCCGUCCGUCUCGAGCAGGGGAUCCACCGCCAAGGAUAGCGCUGGAGACGGCGACAUUGUACCCAUGCUGGAAUCUCCCGACUGCACCCUCUCCCUGCAGCUCCGCCCUCGCCGGAUCCUGAUCCACUGCGCCGAUGGAUACACCGAGUCUUCCAUGCUCGGCAUAGCCUACUACAGCUUCAGCACCGGCAAGCCAGUCCCGGAAGCCUGGCUCGACCUGCACACGACCAAAGGCCGCAAUUUCUUUGCGUACCCCUCCGACGUGGCCCUGCUUACCUCCCUGACCCCGCGCCUUCUGCAGGAGUCACCCGCGCGCCCAGAUGGCGAGAGCCUGUCGGACAUCACCGCGCUGGCGCGGAAUGAGCCGAGCUGGUUUGGCGGCUUUGACGGCUCCUUCCCGAGCCGCAUCCUGGACUACAUGUACCUGGGCAACCUGGGCCACGCGAACAACCCGGACCUGCUCCGGGCGCUUGGAAUAGGGCAGAUCCUCAGCGUUGGCGAGACGGCUAUGUGGAGGGAUGGCGAGCUGGAGGAGUGGGGCGUGGAGAAUACCUGCGUGGUCAAGGGCGUGCAGGACAACGGGAUCGACCCGCUGACGGACGAAUUCGGUCGGUGUUUGGAGUUUAUUGACCGUGGCCGCAGAAAUGGCACCGCGACCCUCGUCCACUGCCGCGUCGGUGUCUCGCGCAGCGCCACCAUCUGCAUCGCUGAGGUCAUGCGCAGCCUGGGCAUGUCAUUCCCGCGGGCCUACUGCUUCGUCCGCGCCCGCCGCCUGAAUGUCAUCAUCCAGCCCCACCUCCGAUUCGCGUAUGAGCUGCUCAAGUGGGAGGAGCUGCUCCACCGUUCCCGUAGCGGUGGUGGUGGUGCCGGCUUCAAGCGAGAGCUUGAAUGGGGCGAGAUUGCCCGCGAGGUCGCAUUGAUGAACCGGCCUUAUGCUAGAUGAUGAGUCGUUGUCACUUUUCUGUUUUACCUAAGCAGCGCCUGGUUCGAAGCGGACCAAGUGGCCCUACUCGCCUGGUGCGAGCGAUCAAGCCGCUUGGAAUACGCCGGCCCUGCCCGACGCGAAAAGGGGUAUCGCAAGCUGGUUUAAUGGACCCCAUGAUCAGCAAGCCAGCGGUUCCCCGAGCAUGUUGGACGACAAGCAAACGCCGAGGGUAACAACCAACUCUCGUCAAUCAAGCCGUGUUGGAAUGACAGAUCCAUGGGGGUGGACGACCCAGCCGAGCUAACUACCUACAACAACCUCGACUGAUUUGCACAGCCUUGGAUCUUUCAUCUUUUCUGUUUCAAAUAUUUCUCGAAUGCAGGCUUCUCGACGCAGAGAGAGUAUUCUCCUCUUCAUCACACCAUACCCA